UUUUUUCCUUUUGGUUUUAUGGGUUUCUUUUCGACUUCUUUUUGUCCUUUUCCAUUCUUUAAGAGAGUGGUUUCACGUGAAGGCCAGGGCACACUACUACGUGUUAUCUCCUCAGUCCUCAGACAACUCACCACCCCCAUGACACUUUUUUCUAUGUUUCCACCGCCUCCCAUUCUAUAAUCCACCGUUCUACAUUCUUCUCUGCCUUUUGCUCUAAUUGUCUCUCAAGCCGACUCCUCUUCCUUACGACGAACCACUGUUACCCAGGCUCUGCCUGAUCUUAUUCCUCCUGUUGGUGACGAACGCUUCGGAAAUAAGAUCUUUAUCCUCCCUUCCAUUUUCAUCUUCUUUCUCUUCUACCGCUUCAGUCGAUGGGUUCUAGGGUUUGAUUUAGGGGGAUGGGCUUGACGUUGCUGUUCAUCGCAAUCGUAUGCAUGGAAUCGACAAUUCCAAAUCAAAGCUUCUUCCAAAGUCCUGUCAUAUGUCGAAUACUCCAGAGGCAACAAACCAUUUGUUAUUUUCGUUCUUACAUGAUGGACCGUUCACUGUUAAUUCUAAUCUUUCCAGGUAACUACCUCAACAAGUGCUUGGAUUUUUCAAUUUUAGGUGUAUCGGGAUUGUUUACCAACCGAACAAAAAUCAACGACGGGAGCUGCUUGAUUGCUUUAGUUGACCAGUUGAGGCGGUCGGUUGAGGCUGAUGAAAGAGAUCGACAUCAGUGUUGUUUCUGGAAUCAGUUCAUGGAGCUCCGCCUCCGGAGGAAUCUUCCGGCAGAAGCUUUUAUGUUGUUUUUAGUGGUUCUGUUGAGGAACUCAGUUGUCGGUGCCAUUGCCAGUAAACACCCAUGUGAUUUUCCGGCGAUCUUCAACUUUGGAGACUCGAAUUCCGACACUGGUGGCUUAUCGGCGGCGUUUGGGCAGGCCGGACCACCCCACGGAGAGUCCUUUUUCCAUGGUCCGGCCGGUAGGUACUGUGAUGGCCGGCUUAUUAUCGAUUUUAUAGCUGAAAGCUUCGAGCUGCCAUACUUGAGUGCAUACUUAGAUGCACUUGGCUCGAACUUCACCCAAGGAGCCAAUUUUGCCACAGCUGGUUCGACCAUUAGGCCACAAAACCAAACCCUCCACCAAAGUGGGUUCAGUCCUUUUUCUCUAAAUGUUCAAUGGUAUCAAUUUAAUGAUUUCCAUCGUAGGGUACAAAAUUUUCGCACCAAAAAAGUUGAUGAAGUAUUUAAGCGUUUGAUGCCCAAAUCUGAAGACUUUUCACGUGCUUUGUAUACAUUUGAUAUCGGGCAAAAUGAUUUGACUGCUGGCUUAUUCCAAAACUUAUCUCUUAGGCAAGUUAGGGAGUCCGUACCAGAUAUAUUAGGUCAAUUCAAAACUGUGAUCAAGGAUAUCUAUAAUCAAGGAGGAAGAGCAUUUUGGAUACACAAUACUGGUCCAUUUGGGUGUCUACCAUACGUCCUCGAUCGUCAACCAGUCACAACUGGACAAGUGGACAAAUAUGGAUGUGUGGGCCCAUUUAACGAACUUGCUCGGUAUUUUAACCUUCGGUUAAAACAAACUGUAGAUCAACUACGUGAGCAUCUACCAAAAGCAGCAAUCACCUACGUCGAUAUCUAUUCAGUCAAAUAUGCACUCAUUACCCAAAGCAUCAAUCACCUACGGUUUAAACAUGCAUUGAGAGCUUGUUGUGGUCAUGGAGGAAAGUACAACUACAAUGUGCAUAUUGGUUGUGGUGGGAAGAUCAAAAUCAAUGGUACGGAAAUCUUGGUGGGUAAAGCUUGUGCAGAUCCAACGACUGCGAUAAAUUGGGAUGGCGUACAUUACACCCAAGCAGCCAAUAAAUGGGUAUUUGAUCAAAUUGUAAAUGGGUCAUUUUCUGACCCGCCAAUCCCGUUAGGAUUGGCCUGCCGUAGACAACAUUAAGGUAGUAUUUGGCUUUGAUAUCCAAAUUUGUUAUAGGUAGGGUUCUUAGUGGAAAUUAUUCGAAUUCUAAGUUUUAGGGACUUGAAUCAAACAUGCUUUAUUUUUAUUAUAUUUAUUGAAUAUAGAUGGUGCUUAUAGUUGUUAUUCUAAAA